CCUGCAGCCCCCAUCGAGAUGUUGAACUUUGCCCCCAUUUGCUCGCAUGUGUCUCUUUGGGAAACGAUGGGGGUCCUCAGCUAUGCCCAGCGUCACUGGUUGCUUGGCCGCCUUCCCCGCUUUGUAGCCUCUCGCUAUCCACUUUUGCAUUCUGCUGCGUAGCGUUUGCGCGCCGUCGAUUCUCCACUCAUCUACCAGGCGAUAUCGUUCGACGGAUCGCAUCAUUCUUCACGCCUAUAACCUUCUACGUGCCACUCUUUGAUCAACAUGGCGAACACCGCUACUCCAACGAUGGCCACUCCCAUCGACUUUAACAGUGUACUGGAUACAUCCAACCUAAAAGAUCGUUCAGUGCUUAUCACUGGCGCAGCAUCUGGCAUUGGUUUAGCCUGCGCGAUAAAGAUGGCUGAAGCAGGCGCAAUGGUCACCAUGGCUGAUCUACACGAUAUGGCUGGGGGCGUCAUCCAGGAUCUAAACAUUCGAGGGCUCAGGGUGCAGUUUGUACAAUGCAACGUUACAUCCUACGAAGACCAAGCCUCCAUGUUCCAGUCUGCAACACACUUUGGAAAUGGGCAGAUUGACGUGGUGAUCCCAAAUGCUGGUAUCCUUGCCGAAAAGAACCUCUUCGACAUGGUGCCUGCCACGUUGCCCAACCCAGGAGAUGUAUCACCACCUCCUCCAAGCUUUGCUUGCGUGUCCGUCAACCUUCAGGCAGUAUACAAUACCUGCUAUCUAGCACUACAUUACUUCCGCCUCCCGCGCGCAGCAGCAACAGCUUUCAAGCCCAGCAUCGUUCUGAUCGCCUCGCUCGCAGCCUACAUUGGAUAUCCAUAUAGCACUGCAUACAGCAUGUCCAAGUUCGGUGUUCGAGGACUUCUGUACAGCCUGCGCGAGCGCGCCAUGCACUCUUCGAUCCGCAUCAAUCUUGUUGCGCCCUGGUACGUGGAUACCGGCAUCGCCAAGCAAGCUGACUUCGUAGAGGACAACGGCGCUGUUCUUAACAUCGUAGGAUUUGUAUCCAUGGACAGAGUUGUGGAUGCUGUGAUGAGGCUUGCUUCGGUUCAAGAGUUGUGUGGAAGAAGCGUAGGCAUCUUCCCCAAGGGUAGCGAAGACAUUCUCGAUGAUCUGGAAGGUGGAUACGGCGGCGCGAUAGUGGGUAAGCACAUGCGCGAGGUUCAAGCGGUCGUCGUACAGGAGAUGCAGAAACAGAUGCAAACGUAGUUCAUUUCCCAGUAGACCCGAUGUGAGGAAUGUCUUCGCGGUAUCGGCUUUGUCAGUCACAACUGUCGACAUCACAUACUGGUCUGAUGUUGGUUUCAAUUAGAGUUGCGCUGAUACUCAUCCCACAAUCUCUGCUCGCAUGACCGUGUGCAGAAGAGUCCGAUGUUGCCACUACCAUGUGGGCCCGCGUUUGUACAAACCAUCGGACAUGAUGUACAACAUCUCUUGGCACCCAACGUAGACAUGUUCGCCGCCAUUACUGGAGAUAUUCGUACUUGGCCUUGAUUCAUGC